CAGUUAACGCCUUUGGUUUCGUAUAACAUAAUAUUGACAAAAUAAAUUGUGUCACAAGUUAUUGUCUUUGUGGCUUUAUUAUAAACUGUUUUGGCGUGUUUUGUUAAUAUACACGUUUUAUAUUGCUUAAAAGAACAGUGAUUUUCUUUUAUGUUAAGGAAAAGUUUCUGAAUAAUUUCAUUUAGCUUGACCUUACAGCAUGGGAAGAUGGCGCGACUGGAUAUUUACACGACCCAUAGAGUUCUAGAUUUGUUUCAAUUAAUCCUUUUUUUACAGUCAAUUCAACAUUACACUUCAUAUGUAACUGCAAUAGAAAGUCAUAACCAAGCAUUUGUACAAACAGACAAGCAGUUGACAUUUAUAGUAGGAGAUAGGUAUAUCAAUCCUGGUGUUCCAUUAGAAAUAAAACCUGCCUCACAAGAUUUAACAUUUCAAGAUGAUAGUUUUUACUCUAACAAUAUUAGUCUGGAUCCUCCUAUGCUUGAUUUUCAAGAGCAGCCAGUGGGGAUGCCGCGUUUGGAAAAAGUUAUUGUACAAAAUAAUGAUCCAAAACAUAACUUGCAUCUCUUGUCCAUUUCGGGCAGUACAGUUCAUUUUCAUUGCUCAUUUUUUCAAGAUAAAAUUGUCCCACCUGGGGGUAAUACAAGUUUUGAUGUCGUUUUUCUUGCCCGUCAGGUGGGCAAUGUGGAAAACACAUUAUUCAUUCAUACCUCCAUAGGUUCCAGACGAUAUCAGGUUUUUGGAGUUGGCACUCCAAAUCCGUAUCGCCUGCGGCCAUACUUAGGUGCACGGGUCCCUAUAAAUAGUAGUUUUACACCCGUUAUACAGAUGCAUAAUCCAUAUAGCACCAGACUACAGGUGCUGGAAAUGUUUGCUAGUGAGGGAGAUCUACAUUUAGAGUUGCCAUCUGGAGAAAGGGAGGCAUCUCAAGAGUUAUGGGAAUUAAAACCUUUUGAAACAAAGGCUGUUAUGAAAGCCAAUUUUAUUGGUCGUGUAGAAAGCAAUCAUUCAGCCUUCAUACGCAUUAAAACAAAUAAAGAAAAUAAAGGGAGAGAUCCACCAGAAUUACUAAUUUUACCUCUUGAGAUUGAAGUUUCUUCAGAUCCAGGCAUAUACUCUCCAGUGGAACUUUUAGAUUUUGGCAUUUUAAGGACUUUAGAUGAGCCAAAAAAUUUACGCCUUAAUCUCAUAAAUACAGGGCCGAAAGCAGUUCACAUAACAAGUGUAAAUGUUUCCCCGCCUAAUGAUGCUGUUAGUGUGGAUUUCCGUCCUUUUAAGUUACAGCCAGAUAGUAGUAGGCCUACAACAGUAGCUCAAAUUACUUUUAAAGCGGUGAAAGCUGCCCACCCCAAACAGUGUACAGGAAAAAUAGUGAUUAAAACAAAAAAUAACAUACAAAGAUUGGUCAUUCCAUAUCAGGCCAAUGUAUUACAUGGGUCUCUUGUUUACAAUGCCAACAGUACACAUUUUUUUAGUGCUAAAGCUCUGUGGAAUGUCACCAGACCUUUGAUAUUUACCAACACAUUUAACUUCUCAGUAGUUAUCUAUAAUGUCACCUUGCCACCUGAUGUUUCACAUUAUUUUACUAUUGUAAACUUCAGCAAACCUGUGAUACUUGGACCACAACAGAGCGUAGCAGCUUUUAUGAUUAAGUUUCACCCAAAUCAAACACAGAUACAUUUUAAUACUGUGCUUACACUCAGCACGAACGCUUCCACCUUCAUCAUUCCAAUUAUAGUUUAUAAUGGCCUAAUGAAGGUGAUUCACCAUAGACCAGAGAAAUUUGAAGGUCAGCUAGAUUUUGGUACUCUAGGUGUUGGGGAGUGCCGGAGUAUGAUUUUUACCAUCCGUAAUGAUAACCCAGUUGAUAUAGUAGUUGCACGCUUUCAAACUAAUAUGUCAUGGGCAUCAGUUGAAAUAUUAGGGAUGGAGAAGGGUAAUGGUACUACCCUUACUCGAAAGCAUAAUCAGUCAGAAAUCAAUACAGACCCUUUGUAUAUUAAGCCUUAUCACUAUGCAGUGUUUAAUGUAAGCAUUGUCGCACCUGAAGAAGAAGGGGCGUAUGUAGCAGACAUUUGGAUGUUCACACAGUUCCAGGACCUUUUUAUACCCAUUAUUUUUCGAGCUGCUAAAGGCAGCCUCCAUGCCAUUCCAGACAAGUUUCUAUUCGAUCAAGUAUAUCCAGGUCGAGUGCCAUACAAAGUUCUCCAGAUACACAGCACAUUUGAUGAUUAUAUGGAAGUCACACAGGUCACCUUCCAGCCUGCUGAUACAAGAUUUUAUUUUAUUCCUCAAAACAGCAACACUGUUUUAUUGAAACCUCAUGAACAUAGUAUUGUAGGAAAAAUUUAUUUUGAUGCAAAAAGAGAUUGCAAAGAUGAUUGUUAUGUGGGGCUGCCAACUUUAUCACCAGCUGGCCACCAGUGGCUUUUAGGAAUGGUGUUAGAUAAAGAUGUGGCUGACACAGAUCAAUAUCUUUAUACUAAAUUGCAGCAAAAAUGGGAAAAAUUGGAUAGCUUACAGCAAAAUAUAGCCAAUGUUACCAUUGAAUUGGAUACAAACCAUGUCAGGGGUUUUUUAUUUUCUGCUCAAGCACACCUACAAUGGCCAUCUUUAAUCAGAAAGUCAAGAAUUAAAUACCCUCUUACACAGAUUGGAAAUUUGUCUGUAUCAGACUUUAUAGUUGAAAAUAAUGGUGAUGAACCAGUCCUGGUGCAAAUCCUUCCUCUCUCUUAUUAUCCCAGCCCACACACUAUUAUUGAUCUGUUAACACAAAGGUUUUCUCAAGAUUUAACAGAUUUUCUGGAAAGUGAUGAAACUAAUACAUUUAUUCUUUAUGAUCUCGAAUCAUAUGGGAAAAGCAGCACCACUGCCACAAAUUUAGCGCAGCAUAGAAAAGUUGUAGAGAGUGUGCUGGGAGUCAUCCCCCACAAGCAAACAUUAGCUGCCAUACUACAACCUGGCAACAAAAUUAAAGUUAAAGUGGGGUUUCAGCCCAAGGAUGAUCUUGCCAGGUCUUCUCUCAUAGUCGUUAGAAACAAUCUAACCAUCAUUGAUGCUGUAGUUGUACAAGGUCAAGGUCGUAAGGGUGAAAUGAGAUUCAACAAUAAAAAGCCUGGAUCCCAUUCAGCCUUAACUUUUGAAUUAACAGAAAAACAUUUAAAAAAUUGUGAUAUUUCAGAAAAAAAGAAUAAAAAUAUAAUGCCAAACUUUACAGUGCGCCGACCUUUUACUUUAAGAAAUUCAGGCGAAUUACCCUUUUAUAUCCAUGGUUUUAGUAUAAAUGAAUUGCCAUGUGAAGGUUACGGAUUCAAAGUCUUUGAUUGCUCUGGAUUUGAAAUGUUACCAAAUUCAAGUCGUAAAAUCAACAUAGCUUUCACUCCAGACUUUACCAUGUCACAAAUCCAGCGCAUGUUAACUAUACAUACCAGCCUUGGACCACCGGCUAAUGAGGCCAAUUAUUCACUACAAGCUAUGGUCCCUUAUGACUUACUAUCACAGUGCUCAGCAGCUUUACCACGACCAACCUGGGAGCCGUUGCUUUACUACUUUGUUGUUGUCAUGAUGGGAUUCAUCAUUUGCUGUAUUGUAGUCUUAGCAUAUUUUGAAUCUGACAGAGUUAUGGCUGAUUAUAUCCGUAAGAAAUUGAAAGCCAAUAACGGAACACCCACAUUUGAGAAAGGAAAAAUAUUUGAUUUGAGAAAUGUUGGUGCAUUAGUUGCCACGUCUGCACCGAGCUCUACAAACAACCCAGUCGGCAAAAAUACAUUGUCUGUGACAGGUCAUAAUUACGGCCGCCCGUCUCAGUUGACCAACGGCCAUAUUGAUCCUGACCGAGGCAGUGUCACUCACCAGUAUGACCACCUCAGCAUCUUAAAUUCACAGUCCUUACAACCCAAAACAAACAAUUUAAACAGCAGCAAAUCUUCAAAGCGAUCUCUUUUAGGCAGCCUUACAAAGUCUUUUUCGUUUUUAAAUUACUUUAGCUCGCCCAGAAAGCCUUUAGCUUUGCAGGACAAACCUGCCAUGAAAGACUCGGGAACUUCCCCACCAAGCCCAGUACAGAAGCCCACGGCCACUGUGUCAGCUCUGAGACCAGAGCCUCAUGUGAACAACUCUAGUCAAGAGCCAUUGAUUCUUCCAGAGAAAUCCAUUCCCAUGAAUUCAAAUUUUACUUCCCGGACCCGUAAAGGCAAAAUCAACCAUAGACGUCAGAUUGUGGUAGAUGCCUCUGGUGAUACUAAUAAUGAUUCUAAUUAUAAAAAAGCAAAAGAUACAAAAGAGACAUCCCCAUCAGAAGCAGGAGUCAUAAAGAGGAAUAAUACCAACUCAAUGAUAGAUGAUUUUGAUGAUGUUCAAAUUAAAUAUUCUUCAUUUGAAGAUAUUGAUGAUACAGACGACUGUGAGCUCAAGACCGACUUAGUCAAAAAUGUCAACAAGAGAAUGAGUGGGAAAAGUAAUAAAACAAAGGGCAAAGUGGAAAACAAUAAGGAAACACUACUGCUACAUCGUGACAACUCACUUGCCGAUGAUGGGGAUGAUGUGUCAUCUACCACCACAGAAUCUUCUGCUGGUGAUGUUGAGGACAAAAGCUCUGUUGGACAAGAAAGUACAGAUAUAACAACCACCUCAGUUGGUAGCACCAGGAAGUGGAAAAAAGGCAGUAACAAACACACUGAGAGGAUUGUUGUAGCUACCCAUGGUGGGGAGAUGAUAGAUGAUGAUUCCAAUUUUGAAGUGACUUCCAAAUCUAAAGCCCACAGAAAAAUCAGAGUCAAUAAGGAAACCUUUGGUGGCGAUAUCAUGAUACCCAGUACAAUCGAGCUGCCCUACUGCUUACCAAAAGAAAAGGAAAAGGCCGAAACAGAUUCUUCCAAGCGAGCCAAGAAAGCAAAGAAAACACCCAAGGUCAAAGGUUUGUCCCCUUCCAAUUUUUACUCAUUGGAUACAGCAGAUGGCUUGUCUGACACAGGCAGAGAGUCGCCUCCCCCAAUUUGGGACCAACAAUGCCUGUCUGGCCUUGACCUUGUUCCGGGCAAUCUGAGUGAAUUGUCCCUACAGACGGAAAACUUUGCUCAGAAAUACUCCCGUACAGGAGGUGCUAUCUCUCAAAGCCUGGCUACAACCCCUACUGUAAAUCCUGUGUCUAGUGGAAGCCCGUUCUCGUCUGAUCGUCUCUCCACAAGCAAUCGCUCUGGUAGCUACAGCAGCAUAGUCAGUAGCUCAAAUAACACAAACCUCACAGACCCUCGCUGCCGCACAGUACAAGGGAACCCGCUUCAGUCUGAUAGCUCAAGAAUGGCUUCAUCUGGCUUUGGACUUUUCACAGACAAUGGCUUGUCUGGGAUAAUGACCCCAAGUCCAGUUUCAAAUAAAGCUAGCCUGGGCUCAUGGAAUGCCAGUCCUUCACAAGUCACUUUCCAUGAUCACAGCACACCUUAUGGACUUGAGCCGCUCGCUGAAUGUAACAAUAUGCCUGGAUUUGGUCUCCCGGCGCCUAGGGUUAUUGGAGGUUAUGGUUAUGAAACCACUGAUCCCCUAUACACUUCCAUGUAUGGAGGAGGAAAUGUACAUGAUAGCUUAAACCAGCCCCAGUUGACCAUGAUGCAACAACUACAGGUGGAGAGGCGAAGACGAUUUUGGGAACACCAGCAAAAAGUAAACAAAGGUGAGGAUUGGCCUGGCUUUAGUACACCUCUGAUAAGGAAUGACAGUUUGUGGGACAAUGAUUAUAGCCCAAUGGAGAACACAUGGUCAACUGCUGUCGAUUCAACCCCUUCUGGAAAUGGUUUUUGGAGUACACUGACCAACUCAGCUUCAAGUGGAUGGUCAUCACUACAAUCUCUGGCAAACAUCUGGGGCAGCACACCACAAGCAGAGCAUGCGCCAGCAGGUCAUGGAGGAUUCAGCCCUUUAACAACUGCACCAGCUUCAGUUAACCCUCAGAUGAACAACAGCCCACCAUUUAACCCCUUCACCUCUAUGGCUGACAUCUGGAGCCCCACAUCCCAGUCUGGCUCAGUCAACAACCUGGGGAUGCAGAUGGGACCUGGAGGUGUGGCACAGUCUCAGUGGAACCCACUCACAUCAAAUCCUAACUUGCCACCUUCCCAUAAGGAGGAAUAAACAUACCAAUGUGUGAAAAAACAACUCAUAUUUCUAUGCUAUGUGCAUCACAUACAAUCUGUGAAAUUAAAGAAAAAGUACAUUUUUUUCUCUACAGUACCUGUUAAAAGAUCAGUUGGUUAUAAAAUUAGUGUUUUAAGUAAAAGUUUUCAAAUAAUAAAAUAGUUUGUAUGGAACUGUACAAAUAGGGUACAAUAUUAGCUCCCUCUUUUUUAAGUAUUACAGAUAUAGCUGUAUAUUUCAGUCCUAAACUAAAAAGCUUGAUAAUUUUUUAAAAUAAAAUACUACAUCAGGUUGAUUUUUAAACAUGGUUGACAUCUCAUUUCUUUCCAGAUUAUAAAUAAAAGCUUUUUUCCUCUCACAAGUUGUGUAUGUUUGUAUAUAUAUAUUCUUUAUCUGUCUUUUAGGUUAAAAAAAAACCUGUUAAUUUUUUUUUUUAAUCAAAACCUUCAAUAUACUUUUCAGUUAGAAAAAAAAAUUGAAGAUGAUUGUAUAUAUAUUCUAUUUUUUUAUCUUUUAUAGUACAAAUGUGUUUUAAUCAAGUUAGUCUGUGAUACUGAGUCAACUCACCGUUUAAUUUUUUCAGCAUUUUCCAACUUUUAAAUAAUUUUUAAUUCUCUUUGUGAAAAGAGUAAUCCAAAGAUAAGAGAAGAUUUUCAAAUAGAAGUUUUUAGCAAACCAUGCAUUUUUUAAAAUCUGUUUAAAAUUCUGUUGACAAAUAAUUGAAAAUUUAGAGUAAGAAGCUAGUGUGGAAAAAAUUGAUUUUUAUUCCCCAGAUUAAUAAUAAAUGUUAGUCACAAGUUGAAUCUCAUAGAUAUCAUUCUGUUGACUUAAAUUCUUGUUACGGACAUGUUUCCAACUUGUGUUUAUCAAUACAAGUAGGCCUACCCACCGUAGUAUUGGUCUAAAGUCUUUAUUUCAAACAAUUUUUCUGUUUGAUUGCAUUACCUUGAUAUUCUGGAUGUAUUGCCAGAUGUUUUAGGGUCAAUAAUUUGUUUUUCUAUCCAGUUGUGUUUAGGGUUGAAAAGUUUGAAAUUAUGUUUAGAAAUUCUGAUCAUUGGAUAGUGGUUAUGUCUAACAAUGUCAUGUCAAUCAUGUUUUAUUUUCACAUACCAGAUUCUUUUGAUGGCGUAUAGUGUUGUAUUCAAAUUGUAAUUUCACACAUUGCCCUCUGCCUCCCCUUGAACUGACUUAUACACAUGCAGAAAUGUAUGCCACUCUAUAUAUUUUUCUUAACUACCAUAUAUUCAAAUAAUCUUGAAGCUGUUUAAUUAUUCAAAGGCAUUGCUAUACAGAAUGUCUUGAACCGGUUUUCAUUUCAAGUUAACUGACCCUUAACCCCUCAGCUGUAGUGGUUGAUUGAGAUGUUGACGCAGGUUAAUUGUUCUCUCAGCCAGUGCUCCUGAAUGUGAGGAAACCAACCAAUUCUGACUUGGCUUAUAUUAUGUUAAGCUACACACUCUGAAGUAAACAAAACUACCCAGAAUAGAGCAGUAUACCAGCAGCAGUGAGGUUUUUUAUUUAACUAUUUGGAGACAAAAUCCAGUUUUCAUGAUCUCCUUCGAAACAAAUUAUCAAAGUGUUGUCUGUGAACCCACUAGCUAAAAGCUCUGCUGCCUAACCCAAUGCUGAACUCAGCUGCUUUUUUUUUUUUUUUAAAUCUUUCAAUAAAAUUUUUAAAAUUUUAUUGUUGGAGUAAUGCAAUACUCGUUAAUAUUUACUUUUCAUCUAAUUUGUCAACAAGGCAGCUCUUAUUACGUAAGUUAGUUUGAUAUUGUAAAUGAAAAAAGAAAUCUAGUGCCCUACCAAAUUUGACUUGAUUUGGUUUAGAUGUUUGUAUUAUACUUGUUCUCAGUUUUAUUAAUUUCAUUCAUCAUUUGGAUCUGUAUGUCAUGCAAUCAGACUUGCAAUUUUUCUUCAAAAAAAAAAAAAUUUUUUUUUUUUAGUUUUCUUUUAAUUAGGAAAAAAUAAUUAGUCUGAAUCUGAAACUUUAAAUCUAUCUUAAUUUUAUUUUUUCAUCAAUAUGCAAUGUCUUAUUGCUGCGUGGUAAGGUUUGCUUUGGGACUUAAAAUUACUUUGAAUUAUUACUGCAGUUGUCAAAGUAUGACAAAACCUUUUUUUUUGUUCAUUAAUGGUUGAUUGUAAAGAUCAGUUUACAAUUAUUACCACCUAAUCUGGAAACAUCCAGGAAAAUAACCUGGCUAUUAAAAAAAUCUGGAAUAGUUAGAGUAUCCAAGUAUCUGCUACAUACAGCUACUAAUAAAUGAAAAUGUUUUUAAUGCA